AUGGCAAUGAUAACAAGUAGUAGAUGCUUGAGUGUGAAUCUGAAAGAAACAAGAUUCAAUUCCCAUGUUCCUCUCCCUUCUCACCACUCCCUCAUCCCUAUUUUCCACAACAUUCAUCCUUCACCCGUGCUUCACACCAGCUUCCAUCUGACGGCGGUGGUGCCCAAAGCUUCAGCCGGAAGCUACAGCUCCACCGAUGACGACGAUGGAGUUUCUCUCGGCACCAUGAAAUUGCCGGUUAACAUCGACCUUCAGAGAUUCGAUUCCCUCUUAUUUCAGUGGGCAAACAGCCUUUCACAGGGAGCCAAUCUACCACUUGCCAUGCCUCUCAAGGUGGACAAAAUAGCCGGUGGAGCAAGAUUGGGAUUUAUAACCAUUGGAGAUGGGGACACAGAAGUUCUUGUGUAUAUUGACUGUUUGGUUUUUAAACCCAAUGAAAGUUCUGCUCCAAUUUUCCGUGCCUCCAGACAUGGAGUCUUAAAAGAUAAGGUGCCACCUGGUGAGCCCAGAAUCAUGAGGAGCCUUAUGCAAGCUCUUCAGAAGUCGGUUCAAAUCGCAACACUGUGA